GCCACAAGCAUCGGACGCGUCCUGCGGUGAAGCGAGCGCUCGCUGCUUCCUCGGGGCUGCCGCCGCUGCUGCACUCCCGGCGCCCGCCGCAGCCGCCUCCUCACGACGCUGUCCCACUUUCUGACUCGUGCGCGCCACUGAAGACGGGAAAAAGAAGGGGAGAGGACGGGGGCGACGGAAACUUUGCCUCCUCCCGGGCUCGCGCCUGCAGACAAGCCAACGAGGACGCCGGCGGUUAAAGGAGUCGAACGCCGCUAACCCAGAAGCAAAGCAUAACAAACUCGGACGCCUCGUGGGGUGUCUACAAGGGGCUGUAUUUAGGUGCCAACUGGAUUGAGUGAACUGUGCAUCGCUUUCAGGUUAACCGCGCGAGUGGGGUGUGAGCGAAAGUGACAAAAGGAGACGCACGGCGCCUCUACACGACCAUGUCCCUUCAUUCCGUGGGAUACCGCGUCGCGACGCGUUCUCUCUGACGCACGUGUGAACGGCGUUUGGACGCUGACACGACCGUGCCGGACGUGGGUUUGCACGUCCAGCCUGUCCGCUCUCUAGUUCCUACGUAACUCCGAGUUCUUAGUGUAUUGCGCGGGUGUGACUUACCGUACCAGGCGCCUUCGAGUUCCCGAUGAACUUACCCGCUGGCCCGGCAUGAGCCCUCCGAGGAAAAGUUGCGCCAGAGCCGGCCUGCACCGCAGCCCGUUCGGGAUGCGUGGUUGCUGGUACUCCCUCUGCCUCACCGUGUCGUUUGCAUUCGCAGAGAUAGCGGCGGAGUUUCUCCUCUCCUCGGAAUACACCACCUCAGACUCAUCGCGGCAUCUCUCGUCCUCGGCCAUGCUGACGCCGGCUGUCCGGCAGACGACACUGGCCGCCACCGAAGGCGGAGAUGACGCCGCCGCUGAGAGCCUCCGACAACGCAAGGCUGUGGCUGACGAGAGCGAGGCUCGGCUUAGCGAUGACCUGUGGCCUCCCACGAGUCGCCUGUUCCCAUCCUUUGACAACAGCACGGAGCGCAAUGUCACCUCGCAGCUCGGACAGACCGCCUACCUGCACUGCAUCGUCAACAACCUCGGCGAUAAGACGGUGCUGUGGAUACGCAGGCGGGACUACAACGUGCUCACCGUGGGCCUGGACACGUACACUGCUGACGACCGCUUUCAGGCGGUUCACCUGGAGCGUUCUUCCGACUGGGCGCUGCAAGUGCGCUACGUGCAGCUUUCGGACCAGGGUCUUUACGAAUGCCAAGUCUCCUCAGAUCCAAAGAUCAGCUACUUCGUCAACCUCACCGUCCUGGUGGCAAAAGCGGUCAUCGAAGGUGGUCCGGACCUCUUCAUCCGCACGGGAAGCUCCAUCAACCUGACCUGCGAGAUAAGCCGGAGCCCUGAGCCGCCGCAUUUUGUGUUCUGGUACCACAACGACCGCAUGAUCAACUACGUGUCGGCCAAAGGAGAGAUCGCUCUGCACAAAGGUGGCCCCGACAGGACCAUCAGCCGACUGUACAUCCGCAAGGCUGUCUCACUCGACUCGGGAAACUACACCUGCGACCCGGCCAACGCCGAGCCCGUGUCCAUCAGCGUCCACGUCGUGAACGGCGAGAAGCCGGCCGCAAUGCAGCAUGACGGGAAGCCCCUCUCGUCUUCGAGCCCUCAAGAAGUAGCAACGGUGCUCACAGAGUUCGGUGUCCUCCUCGCCCUCUGCCUGGCAACUGCGUGUGCCAGGCUGAGGUAACAGAGUUCGGCCCUCCUCACCCACCGAGCGUCGGAGCUGCAGCGCCGACAGCGCGCGAAACAAUCGUCCACAAAAGCUUGUUCUUGUGAAGCGAACACUGCGAUCCUCUGAAUCGAAAGUGACAUCCACGGAGAAUACAUGGAUGAUUACACACUAAGGACUGCCUGUCAGAGGACAUUGUCAACAAGGCAACAGAGACUCGUGAGAAACACUCGUGCACAUCGCUCAUCGCUGAGGUUUUUUUUUUCUUCGCAGUUACUGUCUCGUUUCUUUCUUCAUUUUUUUUUCUUGUUCCUUGAUGGCUUGUUUCCUUUGGACCUUGCCGCGACUGUGCAAGUGACUCAACUGACUGUUCGUGAUACUCGAUGUAUGUUACAUAGAAGUUCAGCUUGAGAACUAUAAUAGGGAGUAAUAGAAAAAAAAUCAACAACGUAGAAGAGGCUAACCAACGCAUACGACAUACUAAAGGGGCCGGCGGGCAGCAACAGUUCACCGAAAUCGACAAAGGAAUGAUCUGCAGUCGAGAAACUCCAAACUUGAAGCCCGCGGCAACUUGUGGACCUGAACAAAACACUGCAUUACAAUACACCCUUAAGACCUACAUUCAGCCACUACUUCAAUGAUGCACUGGUCCGCUUGGUCACGCUCAUCAUGAAACCAUUUUAAAUAUCUGAGCCCCAUUUACUCCAACGGGGCACGCUGUUCUUUGAUUGCUUCUCAGGUUCUUGCGACACGUGUGAACAUCGCAGCGUUGUAAACGUAGUUCAGCUGCAGCUUUUGUAUAUGCUGUUUAAGUGGCCACUGAUCUGCACAGCAACCAACAAUAAUAAGCGCAAAAAAAUUAAUAAACCUCGUGCGCGUAUGUUGUUGACGAAGGUCGCACGUGAAGCGGGCUGAUGUGCCUGCCAUGUUGUUACGGGUUGUAAUGGUGUUUGAAAUCGCUCUGCAUGUAUCGUUAACCUAGGUAUCUUCUACCAUGGUAUCACAUUUUUGUUAAAGGUGUUUUUGCUUGCGAGAGCUAAAUGGCAGAAACAAAUAGCAAACAAUUAAAGUGCGCAACGUUGCUUGCUCCAGAUGUUUGAAGCAACACGUAUUGUACAUAUUAAACUGCUUGCUUUUUCGGCACAUCGACAGACUCAUUCAUGAAGGGCUAAAAGAAACUGCACUGUAUGAAGUGUAAUACGAAACUCCAGAGCUGUGUAAACAUCAGCAGCAAGUCAUAGUUGCAUCUGCGUUACAGCCAGCUUGCGACACUUUCUUUGGAAAAAGAAAUCUAGUCAAUGUAAGAAAACUUAACGCUUGUAAAACGAAGUAAUAAGUGCACGUGCUCAAGUGUAAUAAUUUCUUUCAAGUGAAUAUAAAUUUUUUCAUCAAAAGCCUCCACGAAGAAAUUUUAAUGGGAAUUUUAUACUUAUAGUGUGACAAGAAAAGAACACAUAUAUGCUCAACAUUAUUGAGAUUUGUUCUGCUGUUUCGAAUCGCCCGAGUACUCAAUCAUGUACGUGUGCCCACAUUUCAAUUACAGAGUCAAGUUGGUUAUGUAAAUUUUGUAAAUAAAUACCAAGUUAACA